AGCGAUUGUAAACAAAAAUGGUGGACAUUUCAAUACCAGAGAACAUUGAUCCAGCAUUUAGACUUCGCAAUUUGGGACAGUUAGGAUCUAGUGUUGUUGUAGAGAAUAAUGUACCAGCAAGAAGAUAUCUUCGGUCAGGAAGUGAAAUGGAAAGAAUGGCAAACGUUUAUAUAGAAGAAGGCAAUCUUGAACAUGCGUAUGUCUUGUACACUAAACUAAUUACAUUACUUGUUGAAAAACUUCCAAAACACCCCGAAUACAAGCUGAUAACUCCAAUUAACCGAGCAGAUAGCAAAAAGAGAGUGAUACGAGCAUUCAAACGAGCAGAAGAAUUAAAAGUUAUUUUGAAAAAACAGUUUGGUGAGGAAUUGGAGCUAUGGAAAUUAAAUGAAGCUAAUAAAGUAAGUUGCAACAAUAAGUUGUUUUGUUUGAUGUUGGGGUUGAUUUAUUUAUGCAAUGCUGUAUGUUGUAAACUUUCAUGUCAUCAAGACACCUACUCUUACAUAGUGAAAACGUCUCCAGCAGGAAAAAGACCAUGCAACACAAGAGGAAUUGGAGCAACAGAAACGACCCAAAUUCAUCGAAGUGAAAACUCAAUGAAAAUAACAAAUCCCAUAUUGAUACCAAAUGCUCCUCCACCUGACCCACUUCCUGAAAGCAUAAUGCCUAAUGAGCCAAGGAAAUCCCUUACUCCCCCAGUUUCUUACUCAACCUUAACAGAUGAAAUACACAGCAAUAUAACUGUUAAAGAGAGAACUACACCAACAGUUGACAGAAGUACAAAGCCGAGUUGGUUUGAUUUUGUAAAUGGACUUCGAACAGUUAACGUUCCUACUGAACUGAUCAGAAUAUUCCUGGAAGUAGCCUCGCCAAACACUCGUCAGAACCGUGAGACAUGUGGGAUCUUAGCAGGAAAUUUGGGUCAAAACACCUUUCAAAUUACCCAUUUGAUCAUUCCCAAGCAAACUUCGACUUCUGAUUCAUGUACCACGCUGAAUGAAGAAGAUAUCUUUUCGUAUCAAGAUACACAUAACUUGAUCACACUAGGUUGGAUACAUACGCACCCAUCACAGACGGCAUUUAUGUCGAGUAUUGACCUUCACACUCAUUGUUCGUACCAGUUGAUGAUGCCAGAAGCAAUUGCCAUAGUUUGCGCACCAAAGCAUUCACAAACUGGCAUAUAUUCUCUGACCAGAGACUAUGGAUUGAAAUUUAUAUCAGCGUGUAAACUGAAAGGAUUUCAUCCUCAUCCUAAGGAACCUCCUUUAUAUGAAGAAAGCGCCCACGUCAAAUUGGAUGGAAACUCAACGAUAACGACAGUUGAUCUAAGAUGAUUGAUCGAGCUUCGAAAACUUGAAAUCGCGUUAUAUAUGGAAGAAGAAAGUACAUAAAGCAAAAGAAACGCUUUGUUCUUAUAUAUUUUUAAGGAAUUAAAAAGUGUUUAUUAUCUUUAGUCUAUCUGCUAUCUGCAUCCAUAUCUUUUGAACAUAGGCAUUUGGAAAAUGUAGAACAAAUACCAAGUAAUAAUACCUUUGUUGCCAAUGUAACUUCUAAUCAUUAAUUAUUAAUAAACCAUCAAAGAAUCAA